AACUACAAAGGGGUCACCAUCUCCCAGGUGUGCAGUGAGAACACCCAGGGUGCUCCAUGAUCCCUUCCUCCUGCUUUGCGAUUUUUUGGGGACCAGUUGCUCUGUGACCCUCCCCAAACAUGCUCCCCAGCCCUGUUACUACCACACCAUUCUCGGUUAAAGAUAUUCUAAGGCUGGAUCACACGAAUCACCCUGCUGGCCAGGAGGAGACACCUUUGGUGUCCAUAUGUACUAACCCUCAAGAAACCAAGGCACCUCCAGCUCCUAUUCGGGACAAAGAGCGAGAAGAAAUUGCGGAGAGUGGGACCUCCAGAGAAUGUGGGGAGAGUGGGACCUUCAGACCUUCCUGUGAAUCUCCUGACGGAGAAGAUCCGGAUCAGAACCAGGAUCAAAGGAGGUUUGUGGGUGGCACAAGGAGAUUGGAGCCCAUUGAUCGCCCCCAGCAGAGGCAGAGGAGGAAGCCCAGGGUCCUGUUCUCCCAGCUCCAGGUGUAUGAGCUGGAAAGGAGAUUCAAGCAGCAGAGGUACCUAUCUGCCCCAGAGAGGGAGCAGCUGGCAGCCCUUUUGAAACUGACCUCUACCCAAGUCAAGAUUUGGUUUCAGAACAGAAGAUACAAGUGCAAGAGGCAGAAGCAAGACAGAUCCCUAGAGCUAGCAAGCCAUCCACCCCCACCCCGCAGGGUGGCAGUGCCAGUUUUGGUUAGGGAUGGGAAACCUUGCCUUGGAAGUGCACAGACUUUCUCUGCCCCAUACAACACCAGCCCGUACACUUACCCUGUCUGCUAUGGUACCUACAGCAACAGUGGGUAUUACCCAGGUGCCCCAGCUGUGCCAGCCAGUGUCAACCCAGCAGCUCAGCUGGUAAAUAUGAACAUCUCAGCAGUGCCAGGCAGUGCCCAACAAGGACAUAUACAAGCUGCUCUGCAGGGCAUCAGGGCUUGGUGACAUGAACCUGAGGCAUCCUAAGCACGGCCGAACUGUUGUCAUCACAAUGCAUAGUAGUGG